AUGUUGGUGGAUAGUUUUAAUCAAGCUUUGUCCGACUGUGAUCUUGUUGAUAUGGAGUUAAUCGGGUAUCUUUACACUUGGGAGUGUGGGAGAGGCACUGAUUCAUGGAUUGAAAUUCGUCUUGAUCGUGCUCUUGUUUGUUCUAACUGGUUCCAGAGGUUUCGUAUGGCUCAGCUACAUAACUUGGAAGUCUCUGCUUUGGAUCAUUGUCCACUGCUUCUUGAGCCGACGGUACGUUCUGUGACGGUGCCAUUUCGUCAAUUCCGUUUUGAAAAUGCCUGGCUCCGUGAACCGUUGUGCCGCCAAGUUGUUAAAGAUAGUUGGGACCUUUGUGAAGGUCAGCAUGUUAUGAAGAAAAUUUCAUAUUGUGGGGAAUCUCUUCAAGCGUGGGGGCAAGAUUAUACAAGUAAUUUUCAGCAAAGAAUUAGCCAUUGCAAGCGGGAAAUUCAGUAUUAG